UAUUCUAACGAAGUUGUCUCGACUUGAUAUUAAAAUGCAAGCUGGAUUUCAUCGUGUUAAAGAUAUGCCGAGUGCCAACAGAGCGAGAGGAUUCCCAGCUCUUAAAGAUAUAACAGUGGCAAGAAAUUGUUACGAACUGAAAAUGAGUGGUCUCAAUCUUAGUGGAGUUUAUCCUCUUAAACUUCCCAGUGGAUACGUCGUUAACGUUUGGUGCGACAUGGAAAUGCAGGGUGGUGGAUGGACUGUGAUUCAGCGACGUUUUGACGGAUCAGUGAACUUUACGCGAGGAUGGGACGAUUACGCUUUCGGAUUCGGAAACGUGAAUUCCGAGUUUUGGUUGGGUAAUGAGAAUAUAUAUUACAUGUUGCGCAACACGAAUUACACGCUACGCAUUGACCUCCUGGACUGGGAGGAUCAACACGCAUGGGCACAGUAUGAUUAUUUUAAAGUGGCUAGUGAAGAGAAUAAAUACAAGCUGACGGUCAAUGGAUUCUCGGGGACGGCCGGCGAUUCCCUCGCCUAUCACAAUAAUAUGUUCUUCAGUACCAUGGAUCGUGAUCACGACAAAUGGUACGCUAGUUGUUCCCAUAAAGAUCGGUCCGGUUGGUGGUUUAACGCCUGCAGUUACGCGUCACUCAAUGGAAUAUUUCACCCCAACGGAGAACAGAAUAUCACACCAGAUGGCGUUAUUACUGGCAUCACGUGGUUCGAAUGGAAACAGAACCUCGCGUAUUCGAUGAAGCGCGUGGAGAUGAAGAUCAAACCGAGGGUAGCCUUAAUGGCGGAAGCAGAAGGCCUCAUCGGAGGAUAUGACUGAUUUUAACAGUUGUAUUCCUGAACGAAUAUACCGACAUUUAUUCGUAGAGAACUUUCUUGUUUUUACUAAAAUACUAAAGUAUAUGAAAAUGUUUUCUGGUCACAGAAGAGCUUCUUAUGUAUAAAUUCAUGCCAUUAUAUAA